UCGGCCGGGCUGGAGGCUGCGCGGGCCGCGCCAUGUCUCUGCUGCCGCGGGGCCGCCGCUGCGAGGCUGCCGCCAGGGCCGCGCGCCGCCUGCUGCUGGGGAGCCGGGCACGGGUGUCUGGGAGCCAUGUGUGUAACCAGUACACAACAUCAGGUUCUUUGACAGAGGAAAAAAAAGAGUUUCUGCAAAGUGGACCAAACCUGCAAGACUUUGUGGCUGGAGAUGUGUCAGACAAGAGCGCAUGGGCCGAGUAUAAAGGCAACUUAAAGCGUCAGAAAGGAGAAAGGCUGCGACUUCCUCCAUGGCUGAAAACAGAGAUUCCCAUGGGAAAGAACUACAAUAAACUAAAGAAUACCUUGAGAAGUUUAAAUCUCCAUACGGUAUGUGAAGAAGCACGUUGUCCCAACAUUGGAGAAUGCUGGGGAGGUGGUGAAUAUGCUACAGCUACAGCUACUAUUAUGCUGAUGGGUGACACAUGCACUAGAGGUUGCAGAUUUUGUUCAGUGAAGACAGCAAAAAACCCACCUCCCCUGGAUCCCGAGGAGCCUUACAACACAGCCAAGGCCAUAGCUGAGUGGGGCUUGGACUACGUUGUCUUGACGUCUGUGGACAGGGACGAUAUGCCUGACGGUGGAGCAGAACACUUUGCAAAGACAGUCUCUCAUCUGAAAGAAAGGAAUUCAAAAAUCCUGGUGGAAUGCCUCACUCCCGACUUUCGGGGGGACCUGAAGGCUGUGCAGAAGGUAGCGCUGUCGGGGCUGGAUGUAUACGCGCACAACGUGGAGACGGUGCCGGCGUUACAGAGGAAGGUCCGUGAUCCCCGAGCCAACUUCGAGCAGUCCGUACGUGUGCUGAAGCACGCCAAAGAGGUCCAGCCCCGCGUCAUUACUAAAACCUCCAUUAUGCUGGGGCUAGGCGAGACUGAUGAACAAGUAUAUUCCACGAUGAAAUUGUUGCGGGAAGCAGACGUGGAUUGUUUGACCCUAGGACAGUACAUGCAACCAACAAAACGUCACUUAAAGGUGAAUUCUUUUUGAAGAACUUGGUAGAAAAAAGAAAGACAAAAGCCAUCUGAAAUGCGAAUGAACCUAUUUAAAGCAGCCAGUUUCGAGGAUCCUCUUUUCAGCGUGUAAUUACACUCAGUUCCAGAAAUGCAGAAGACCAGAUGGUGGAUGUAUGAAUAAAUUUACUAUCUUUCCAGAACACUUUUCUCCCACCAAAGCACUUCACAUUAUUUUACCUCGUUCCUUCUGGCAAGGCUACAACUACAUAGUACGUGUAGUGUUCAGCAGCAGGUCAGAAGAUAGAACUGUGUGAUAGGACUGUGACUGAUUUUGCAAGAGUGAUGGAAAUGAGGUGGAAGGAAUGUAAGCUGGAAAAAAAUAAUCUGAUUUAAGUAACCAGGUUUGAUACCACCAUCAGAAUUGCUGCCGUUUAUAUUUGUGAAGGUGCCAAUAGAAAUGUGGAAGGUAGCGGUGUUUUGGUGUACCUUACCAUUAUGUAACACAAGCUUGCAAGGGCCCUGGGAACUAGAGGAGUUCUAAAGAAAGCUUGUGUGCAUGACAAAGGACCAGAUUAGGGCUGUUUGAGCCACCCUGAGAAGGUGUGUAAUAGGCCUUCAAGAGAUGGUAUCUCUUACCUGCAUCUUAACAAAACGAGCUGUACCAUUCUCAUAGCUAAUAAGAAAAGCACUUUUCAGGUGCUUGCAUGUCUGAAAAGCAUGAGCCUUGGUAAACGCAAGGCAUCAAGUUGAAAGAAAACAAGAGCCCUCUGUGGCAAGACAAUUAACCUUGUGUAGAUACCACAGAAUUUAAACCACAUGGCAACUCUGAUGACAGCAUAUAUGAACUCCAUAACAACAUAAAUAGAGCCAGCCCUCCCUUGGGUGUGUGACUGUAACAGACCGCGCUGAGUUGCGCAGGUGCUGCUUUGGUACUGGGUCUGCAGGACUGCUGCUAUUCUGUACCGUGUUUCUGUUCCAUAGGUAUUGUCCAGCAUUAAAGGAGAGUUAAAAACCCA